UUUAAGUUAACUAAAAAGUUAGCUUUGCUAACCACCAAUCCGCUAACUAAAAUACUAGCUACAUGAAAGUUAAACCAAAAAUAGGACUUUCACUCAGGCUAUUUUUAGAACACUGGUCACGUGACUACAUCCGCUCAACACUCGUGCGCAUAAACAACUCCUCACGCGCUAUAUGGGUUUCAAUAAAUACUGGCUUAGCUGUGUUCGUGCCUAAAAAUAUUCAAGAAAGUGGAAUCAAACUCCACCAGGCGGACCACAAAACAGACCUCCACCUCCUGGUGACUCAGGAUGCAGCCAAUGGACGGAUCCAUUUUUUUUUUUUUUUGUCACUUUUCCUAAGCUGCAGGCUAACAGCUUGGUGUGGACUUACAUCUUCUCCAAAAAAUGUAUGGAAGGGACGAAAACAGGACCACCCAGAUCCCAGCCCUUCACUUUCUGUCCCUGGACAGUAUGGCGCUAACGUUUUUGGCACCUAGCAGCUCUUUGAAUGGUUUAAAUGGACGCUCCCACUGGGGGUAUGGAGGAAGCGUACCGGAACAUGUCAGCAGUGAACAGUGUUAUAAGAGCAGAAAGAAAAGCAAUGUUCGACUGAAUGACCAGCUCGUACCAAAACCAACUGAUGUAAAUGUAGUGGAGAAAAGGAUUCCAAAUGUAAAGGAGCAUCCUUUUUCGUCCCACAUCUCUCGGUUUGCGAUGUUUCCAUCCUUUUGCUCCCCGGACGACAUGGAGCGAGGAGUUAGAGCUGCUCUCCGACCGUUCCCAAACCGCCACGUCUCAAACAGAACUCCUAACGUCACUCUGCUCAGCAAGACUAUUGGUGGUCCAUACAGACAUGAGGUCUCAGGAACUCCACUGAACACCAGGAGGAAAGCCGUAAUGUGGACUGGAGAAUUUGAUGGAAACCCGUCACAAGAAGAAAAAAGAGGUUUUUACCCUGCUCCGACAAAGACGAUACUUCCCAACCCAAAGCUCCGUGACUGGGACGUGACGUUAUCAGAGCGCACGAGCAACAUGCUGAAAAACCUGGAGAGGACUCUGUGGGUCACCUCCUACCAAAUGCACUACACUGGAUCUGGACCAGCAAAUCCUUUGAAGACAGAUGAUUUCAAUGAAAGAAUCCGUGACCUCUCUGGAAAGAAUUCCCACUCUGCUCCACUGAGAGAACAGUCCUAUCCCGUGUUUGUUCCUUCUAGACCCAAAGAAGAACGAAAACAGUGGAGCAACGUUCAGUUUGACGAAGCUCCGAGUCAACAAUCUGAGUCACAGACCCUUAAAGUUGGACCUUCAGAUCAGACAAGUUCCAGGUCACACAGACCGUUGGUAUUUAUAGAGCAGGAAGGGCAGAUGGAGGAUGGAGAGCUUCUACACUCAGCUCCUAACUCCAGCAUCCUGCCACGGCCUCCCAUCCUGCCGGGAAUCCACCCGGCGGCUCCCGGCCUCCUGGAGCUUCAACAGUCCUUCAGUAAGUCAGACGCACAUAAAAACUUCCACGGUUCUGUUAGGCAGGCUGCGGUCAACCUGAGGGAUAACGUGGUCAGUGGGAAAAAACACAACUUCUUUGGGAUCAACUGUAACUACAUUCAUGGAUAACUUCAAGAACCUGGAUUACAGCUUUAUACAGAUGUUUUAUCCAAAGAGUGUCUCCAGGUUUAAAAUGUUACAGAGUUUUUAUCUGGCCUGUGAGAUCAGACACCCUGAUAUAAAGAAAACUCUCCUAAUACCUAUUUAUUCAUGUAUAAUACUAGAAAUUUAACCCUAAAAAUCAUCCAUAAAG